CGGCCGUUUGUUGACGUCCGGGAGCGCGGAAGUCCGGAGUUUCUGCAUGAGGAACAGGGACGCUUCUGCGGCCCGCGUCGGGACAAAGUGGCGGCCUUAGUCCGGAUCAGGCAGCCCUCGACGGGCUGGCUGUAUCGCUUUGGUAUGAGGGACCCUGAGGAGCUGAUGCCCGAUUCGGGUGCUGUGUUUGUAUUUGGGAAAAGUAAAUUUGCUGAAAAUAUUCCUGGUAAAUUCUGGUUUAAAAAUGAUGUUCCUGUACAUCUUUCAUGUGGAGAUGAACAUAGUGCUAUUGUUACAGGAAAUAAUAAACUUUACGUGUUUGGCAGUAACAACUGGGGUCAGUUAGGAUUAGGAUCAAAGUCAGCUGUCAGCAGACCAACAUGCGUCAAAGCUCUAAAACCUGAAAAAGUGAAAUUAGCUGCCUGUGGAAGGACCCACACCCUGGUGUCAACAGAAGGAGGCAAUGUAUAUGCAACUGGGGGAAAUGAUGAAGGACAGUUGGGGCUUGGUGACACUGAAGAAAGAACCACUUUUCAUCUAAUUAGCUUUUUUACAUCCCAGCAUAAGAUUAAACAGCUCUCUGCUGGAUCUAAUACUUCAGCUGCCCUAACUGAGGAUGGAAGACUUUUUAUGUGGGGUGACAAUUCCGAAGGACAAAUUGGCUUACCAAAUAUGCCUAAUGCCUGUGUCCCUCAUCAAGUGACCACUGGGAAACCUGUCUCCUGGAUCUCUUGUGGAUAUUACCAUUCAGCUUUUGUAACAACAGAUGGUGAGCUAUAUAUAUUUGGAGAACCUGAAAAUGGAAAGUUAGGUCUUCCCAAUGAACUCCUGAGCAAUCACAGAAUACCCCAGCUGGUGCCUGGAAUUCCUGAGAAGGUGAUCCAAGUAGCUUGUGGCGGAGAGCAUAGUGUGGUUCUCACAGAGAAUGCUGUGUAUACCUUUGGGCUGGGAAAAUUUGGUCAGCUGGGUCUUGGCACUUUUCUUUUUGAAACUUCAGAACCCAAAGUCGUUGAGAAUAUUGGGAAUAAAACAAUAAGUUAUAUUUUUUGUGGAGAAAAUCAUGCAGCUUUGUUAACAGAUAAUGGCCUUAUGUAUACUUUUGGAGAUGGUCGCCAUGGAAAAUUAGGACUCGGAGUGGAGAAUUUUACCAAUCAGUUCAUUCCCAUUUUGUGCUCUAAUUUUUUUAUGUAUAUAAUUAAAUUGGUUGCUUGUGGUGGAUGUCACAUGGUAGUUUUUGCUGCUCCUCGACGUAGAAUGGCAGAAGAAAUUGAAUUUGGUGAAAUAAAUGAUACUUGCUUACCUUUUCUGCCCUUUGGCAAUUUAACAUCAGGAAAUGUACUGCAGAGAACUCUAUCAGCACGGAUGCGGCGAAGAGAGAAGGAGAGAUCUCCAAGUUCCAUUCCAUUGAUAAGAACACUACCUCCAGUAGAAGGAACUCUUGACCCUUCCGCUUCUUUUCCCCCCAAAUCACUUUUCCCAUGUUGUUCUAAGAAUGACCUCCUAGAGAGAAUCUUACCUGAAGAGGCCCUCAUGCAGCCAGAGGAACCAGAUAAUUUUCAAGAUGAAAUGACCAAAGAAGCAGAGAUAGAUAAUUUUUCAACUAUAGGAAGCCUUGGAGAAACUACUGAUAUCUUAAACAUGACACACAUGAUGAGCCAGAAUUCCAAUGAAAAGUCAUUAAAAUUGUCACCAGUUCCAAAGCUAAAGAAACAGCAAACAAUUGGGAAUCUGACGCAGUGUACGGCUCUUACUGAAAACGGUAAUAGUGAUGAAUGUAAAGAGAUGUCAGAAAUGAAAGAAGGGAAAGCAUGUAAACAACAUGUGUCACAAGGGAUUUUCAUGACGCAACCACCUAUGAUUAUGGAAGCAUGUUCAGAUGAGGAAGCAGAGAUCCCAGAGGAGAAGGAAGGAGGAGAGUAUUCAAAAGGAAAUGGAAGAGAGGAGCAAGAGGUAGAAGCAAAUGAGGAAAAUGUCAAGGUGCAUGGCGGAAGAAAGGAGGAAACAGAGAUCCUAUCACAUGACGUUACAGACAAAGCAGAGGUGAGUGAAGGCAAGUCAGGGGGAGAGGCAGAGGAUGGGCCUGAAGGUAGAGGGGAUGGAACCUGUGAGGAGGAAAGUUCAGGAACAGAACACUGGCAAGGUGAGGACAGGGUGGAGAAGGGGGAGAAAGACAAGGGUAGGGGAGAAAUAGAGAAGCCAGGAGAGGGAGAGAAGGACCUAGCAGAGAAGGAGGAAUGGGAAAAGAGGGAUGGGGAGGAGCAGGAACAAAAGGAAAGGGAGCAAGGCCAUCAGGAGGAAAGAAACCAAGAGAUGGAAGAGGGAGAAGGGGAGGAGGGAGGGGAGGAGGAGCACGAAGAAAGAGAAGAAGAGGAGGGAGACAGAGAAGAGGAGGAAGAAGAAGAGAAAGAGGAGGAGGCAGAAGGGACAGAGGAAGAAGGGGAAGAAGAGGGAGAAGGUGAAAAGGAAGCAGGAGAGGAGGAGGAAGGAGAAAGGGGAAAGGAGGAAAGAGGGGGGAAGGAGGAGAAAGGAAAGGAGGAAGGAGACCAAGGAGAGGGGGAAGAGGAGGAAACAGAGGGGGGAAGGGAGGAAAAAGAGGAGGGAGGGAAAGUAGAGGAAGGUGAAUUAGAGGGGGAAGAGGAAGAAGGGGAGGAGGUGGAAGAGGAGGAAGGAGAAGGGGAAGGGGAAGAGGAGGAAGGAGAAGGGGAAGGGAAAGAGGAGGAAAGAGAAGGGGAAGGGGAGGAUGAAGGGAAGGAAGGAGAAGGGGAAGGUGAGGAGGAAGGAGAAGGGGAAGGUGAGGAGGAAGGAGAAGGGGAAGGUGAGGAGGAAGGGGAGGAAGGGGAGGAAGGGGAAGGGGAGGAUGAAGGGGAGGAAGGAGAGGAGGAAGGGGAGGAAGGGGAAGGGGAGGAUGAAGGGGAGGAAGGAGAAGGGGAAGGUGAGGAGGAAGUGGAGGAAGGAGAAGGGGAAGGUGAGGAGGAAGGGGAGGAAGAAGGGGAAGCAGAGGGGGAAGAGGAAGAAGGAGAAGGGGAAGUGGAGGGGGAGGAGGAGGAAAGAGAAGGAGGGGAGGAAGGAGAAGGGGAAGAGGAGGAAGGAGGAGAGGAAGGAGAGGGGGAAGAGGAGGAGGGGGAAGAAGGAGAGGGGGAGGAAGAAGGAGAGGAGGAGGAAGAAGGGGAGGAAGGAGAGGGGGAAGGAGAGGAAGAGGAAGGAGAAGAAGGGGAAGAAAGGGAAAAGGAAGGAGAACAAGAAGAAAACAGGAACAGAGAAGAGGAGGAAGAGGAGGGGAACUACCAUGAGACAGGUGAAGAAGAGAAUGAAAGGCAGGUUGAAGGAGAAGGGUACACAAAAGUGAGCAAAAUAAAAGGAUCUGUGAAAUAUGGCAAACAUAAAACAUAUCACAAAAAGUCAAUUACUAACACACAGGGAAAGGGGAAAGAGCCAAGGACCAAAAUGCCAGUGCAGUCAAAACAACUUUUAGAAAACGGGCUACCAGGUUCCAAAAAGUUCUGGAAUAAUGUAUUACCACAUUAUUUGGAAUUGAAAUAACAGAUCUUAAAUUUGACCUGAUUAUGGCCAGCCAAACAAUUUAAAUUCCUUGCAUAUAACAGGCAGUCAUUACAUGUUACUAAAUUGAUUUUAUGUCAUAAUUUGAUGUGUAGUAAAAAAAGCAACUGAUGCGGUUGUGUUAAGAAGUCAAAGACAACAGGAGGCACCAGUAAAUUUUGGCCUCUCAAACUAAUAUUUUGGUGUAUUCCCCGCCAAAUUAUAAAACUAUAACUAGAAAAUAUUAAAAGGUCAUAUCAGAGUAUUAACAUUAUAUAUUUAUUGAAGGCAGCUUUAGGAAUAGUAACAUACUGUAAGAGUGUUUUGUUUGUAUACUCAAAUCAUUCCAUUUUUAAAUGGCACAUAUCCUUAAGGGCUAUAAAAACUUCUAAUUUCUUAUAAAUAUGUUAGCACUUUUUUUUAAGUUUGUGAUUACAGUUUACCUACUGAAUAGAAUAAUUUUCUAAUAAUGGAUAGUAUUGUAAAACCCAGCUGAGGCACUCAUAUUUUAAAGAAGUAGUGUUGUCUUUUACCUUUUAUGUGUUCUUUUUGCAAAAAUCUACAAAGUGACAGCUGUGUUCAGAGCUUAGAUCCCAAUAAUGUUAUCUCUUUUAGUUACUAUCUGGGCAGAUUGUAAUAUAUCUAAGGGUGAUUAAUUUAAAUGUAUAAUCUGGAAAUGUGUAAAACUUGAAGUAUUUUUGGUCCAGGCAGAGCUACUCAUUGGGCCUCAGUUUCCUCAUCUGUAAAAUGAAUGAGAUGAUGUGAUAACUGCAGUCCCUUCUAAUUUUCAUAUUGACAGAUUUACUCUAUCAUUAUUGUUAUUCGUGUAAGAAACUUUUUAGGGAAGAAAAAUUACACUUUAAAAUUAAUUUAGUUUUCUAUGCAUUUGUUUUCUUUACUCUUGAAAAGUUAUGACACCUUUAAUGUCUCAUCUUCUGUAAUUUUUAAUUUCUAAACUCCUAUCAUUUCUAAACUUUAAGUGUACUUUAUCAGAGCCUUCAUUUCUGGUAUGUGUUAUGUGCCCUCAAUGUAUUAAUUGACUGUUCUGUAAUUUCAGUUUGUCUGUUGCUUGUCAGAAUGUUUCAAGUAAAAUAAAAAAUUAAAUGUA